AUGCGCUCUCGCCGCUCCAGUCUGGUCGGUGAUCGUUCUCGGCGGUCCAGUAUGACCGCCGACACUCCACUCCCAACAGCCGCCGACAUCGCUGUCCCCAUCGAGCUCAGUCUUCCCCACUGCAGCAGUGCAGCCAGCAGCGCCAACAACAGCCAGGUUGACCUCACCGGUCAUCACAUCUACCUUCCCGACCAUGCUGCCGGCUCCUCAUCUCAAGGCCGCUUGUACCAGCUCAGCCAAGUAGCACCUCACGAGCCGGUCACAGGUGGAGUGAUCAAGGACACCAAGACGGGCAAGCACUACGCCAAGCGACCCGUCACCAAGCCCGCCUACUCCCUUGGUCACACCACCGGCGCGCCCGUCGUCGCUGCGCAGCUCAACCGUAGCACAGGCCGCAUCGGUCUCGGCCACGCCUUCCCGACCGAAGAGCAGACACGUCAGUACAAGGCGGAGAAGGCGGCUCGCAAGUCGAACAACGGCUCAGGCACGAGGUCUCCUUCCAUUGUCGGCAGUGCUGGAGCACAUCGGGCAAGCAUGGACGUCAACACAAUGGAGGGGCGAACGCAGCUCUUCUCUCAGUUGCGCGAGCUGAUUCACGAAGAGUUUGCGAAAGCCAAUCGCGGUCAGACCGAGGAGUUGAGGAAGCAUGUCCAGCAGGCAAAUUUGGAGCAGAGACAGCAUUUUGAGGACCACAUUGAAGAUGUCAAAGAGAUCAUUGCUACCGAACCGCCUCAGACGACACAAUCACAAGAGGAGAUCCGGUCAGAACAGGAUGUUUCCGAGAAGGCGAAGGAGACGGGUACUGCCGCCACAGACAUCACGACCCUCGACAGCGACCAAAAGCCCGAGUACGGCCGCAAGGGCAGCGAAGGCACGCUGUUCGUCGACCAGCACGGCGAGGUCGUCAAGGACCCUGAACCAGUCGAGCGUGGCUACUCCCCCGACGAAGAGUCCGAUGAUGCAGACUUUGCUUUUCCCAACCGCUGGGCCGCGAUCCGCUACAAGUUCCGCGAGCCGUUCGCCGAAUUUCUCGGCUGCUUCAUGCUCAUGGUCUUCGGCAACGGCAUCAACUGUCAAGUGACCCUCUCGGCGCUCUACGACCCCACCGCACCCAAAGGCGAUUACCUCUCGAUCUCGUUCGGCUGGGGUGUAGGUGUCGCCAUGGGUGUCUGGGUCGCUGGUGGCAUCUCGGGUGGCAUGAUCAACCCGGCGGUAACCAUUGCGCUGGCGAUCUUCCGCAAGUUUCCGUGGAAGAAGGUGCCCGUCUACAUCGUCGCUCAGAUCCUUGGCUGUCUGGUCGGCUCGCUCUGCGUCUACGGCCUCUACGUCAAUCCCAUCCGCAUCGUCGACCCGGGUCAGACGGAGACCACUGCAGCACUGUUCACCACCUAUCCAGCCGAAUUCCUCCGUCAGCCGUCGACACGCAUGAGCUCGUUCUACAACGAAUUCUUUGCGUCCGCCAUCCUGCUGAUCGUCAUCUUGGCGAUUGGCGAUUCGAGCAACACGCCGCCGCCGGACGGGCUGGCGCCCCUGGUGCUGCUCUGGCUCGUCUGGGGUCUCGGCGCGUGUCUCGGCUGGCAGACCGCCUACGCGGUCAACCCAGCGAGAGAUCUGGGCCCGAGAUUGAUGCUGUAUAUCGUUGGCUACUCGCCCGAUCUGCUCUGGACCUUCAAUGCGUGGUACUGGCUCUGGACGCCUAUUAUCGCCGUCUGCUCCGGUGCUAUCAUGGGAUGUCUCAUUUACGAUGGCCUCAUCUACACCGGUGGGGACUCGCCGCUCAACAAGAAAUCCAAGAAGGGCGCAGCGGCGCUCGGUCCGGGGUCCAAGGACAAGAUGCCUGCUGCCAUCAGUCCCGCUUGA